AUGGAGAAGUCAGAACCGGAGAAGUCAGAGAGGCCGGAUAUGUCAGAUGGUUUGCAGAUCGCACAGCCUGAGACUUAUCCCGAGGCAGUUAACCGCUACUCUGGACAUGGUGACACGAAGCUACCACAACUCCACAAUGAUGAUCACGAUGGACGCGAUCGCUCACAGCGAGAUGCAGCAUCAACACGUACUGGAAACUCUCAUGACCUUUUGUCAUAUCGAAAUGGACGUGAUCUACCGGAUCAAGCGCCUCACAUUCAGGUUCCACCUGACAUGUGGAAGAAGUUCUUUGCCCACAGACGGCGCAAAUACUGGUUUACAAUUGCCAUGUCGUUUACCAUAGUGGCUGCACUCGUGGGUACCAGCAUAGGAGGAGGUCUGGUCGUGCAAGAGAAAGCCGACAAGAAGGCUGAAGCCCUGGCUGCUGAACAGGCUGCACAGAGCUCGAAUAUGACACUAAUGCCUACGCCUACAUUGGCGAGCGCUCCGGCAAGUGCCUCAGACACAUUACCAGAGAGUCCAACGGACAACCCAACGGAUGGAUCUCAAGGCACGGGAACGGACUACAUAGCGCUACCCUUCGGCACCAUCCAGUCGAUCAAUACCACUUGUCCGUCCACACUCCUCAUAUCGAGUCGGUUGGAAGGCAAGAAAUCGGACAUCAAUGGUGUUUACACGUAUAGCUGCCUCGACAGUACCAACAUACUAGAUUCUAACCUCAUGAGCUUUACUGCAUAUACCUUGGAGCAAUGCGUUGACGCGUGCAGUCAGUACAGCGCUAUGGACAGUAGCACGAACAAUACAUGCAAAGCCGCUGUGAUCAGCUCCGACUUUCGUGGACGGUACGAAACUGCCAACGGAGCGAACUGCUGGUUGAAGAGCGGAGCUGGAAACGCAAGUACCGGACAGAACGGAUACACGGCGGCGGUACUCCGUGAGGCAUAA